ACGGCUCGGCAGGGCCCUGGGUGCCAGCCGCGGCAUUUUGGCGCGCUCUUUUUGUUGGUUGGGUGUCCUCGCCGGUGAUUGGCUCCGGGCGGUGGCGGCUGCCGGGCCGACCUCGGCGGCUCGGAGGCGGCGCGGCCCUCGGCUGGCCUCCUGGGGGAUGGGCCACCAGGAGUCCCCGCUGACCAGGGCAGCGGCGGGAGGUGCAGCUUACAUAAAGAGGUUACGUAAAGUGCUCAGCUGGCGCGAACUCGAGGACGGCCGCGGGAGCCCGGCAGCCCAGGCUUCCCCCGGGGCCGCCGCUGUCACCCCGGGAGCGCCGGCCGCGCGCCCCGCUCGGCUGCGCAGACCGCCCCGCCCGGGAACCGACCGGCGCCCGGCGCGGGCUCCGGGGGGGAACCGGUCCGCCCGGAAGAGGAACAGCGCCGGCCAGAUCGUAAUCCAAGGUACCGCUCCUCCGCAUCUCCGGGCUAGACGGAGGGAUGAGGCCGGGGGGCCCCGGGCGGCGCCGUUGCUGCUCCCCCCGCCCCCCGCAGCCAUGGAAACGGGGAAAGAGAACGGAGCCCGCAGAGGGACAAAAAGCCCAGAGCGGAAAAGGCGAAGCCCAGUGCCCCGGGUGUUCUGCGAGAAGCUGAGGCCGGCGGCCCAGGCCAUGGAUCCGGCUGUAGCCGAGGCCCCGGGCGAGGCCUUCUUGGCCCGGCGGCGGCCGGAUGGCGGUGGCGUUGUUGGCCUUGCGCGCCCGCGCUACAGCCUGUUGGCGGAGAUCGGGCGCGGCAGCUACGGCGUGGUUUAUGAGGCUGUAGCUGGGCGCAGUGGGGCCAGGGUGGCCGUCAAGAAGAUCCGCUGCGACGCUCCCGAAAACGUGGAGUUGGCCCUAGCAGAAUUCUGGGCCCUGACCAGCCUCAAGCGGCGGCACCAGAAUAUCGUGCAGUUUGAGGAGUGCGUCCUGCAGCGCAACGGGUUAGCCCAGCGCAUGAGUCACGGCAACAAGAACUCACAACUGUACCUGCGCCUGGUGGAGACCUCGCUCAAAGGAGAAAGGAUCCUGGGCUAUGCUGAGGAGCCCUGCUAUCUCUGGUUUGUCAUGGAGUACUGUGAAGGUGGAGACCUCAAUCAGUAUGUCCUGUCCCGGAGACCAGACCCAGCCACCAACAAAAGCUUCAUGCUACAGCUUACAAGCGCCAUUGCCUUCCUGCACAAAAACCACAUCGUGCACAGGGACCUAAAGCCAGACAACAUCCUCAUCACAGAGCGGUCUGGCACCCCCAUCCUCAAGGUGGCAGACUUUGGACUGAGCAAGGUCUGUGCAGGGCUGGCACCUCGAGGCAAAGAGGGCAAUCAAGAUAACAAAAAUGUGAAUGUGAAUAAAUACUGGCUGUCCUCAGCUUGUGGUUCAGACUUCUACAUGGCGCCUGAAGUCUGGGAGGGACACUAUACAGCCAAGGCGGACAUCUUUGCCCUGGGCAUUAUCAUCUGGGCAAUGAUAGAAAGAAUUACUUUUAUUGACUCUGAAACCAAGAAGGAGCUCCUGGGGACCUACAUUAAACAGGGGACUGAGAUCGUCCCUGUUGGUGAGGCGCUGCUAGAAAACCCAAAGAUGGAGUUGCAUAUCCCCCAGAAACGUAGGACUUCCAUGUCUGAGGGGGUCAAGCAGCUCUUGAAAGACAUGUUAGCUGCUAACCCACAGGACCGACCUGAUGCUUUUGAACUUGAAACCCGAAUGGACCAGGUCACAUGUGCUGCUUAAACUCCAGGGCUGAACGUCUUGGGUGUUUUUAAACUAGGUCGAUCCUUCGGGACCCAGUCUCAUCAUGUCUCGGACAGAUGGCAGAGGGUACAGGUGGCGGCGAUCUCCUGACAG